AUGGAUCCCCACGCAGCUCUCGAGCUGCUGGAUUACUUGCGAACAUGUUACCCUGUCUUCCUCCUCGUCCUCUUCGUCCUGGCAUUCAUAGCCAACACCGUCUCCAACGCCAACAAAUCCAACCAGUCUGAAUCCCCACGCAUGGGUCCGGGGGGACGCCAGCUUCCCCAACGAUCGCGCAGCUCCGGUAUCCGCAAAACGCAGGGGUUCUCCAAGAACGUCAAGCGGGUCUUCAACUGGCUCUCCGUCGCAGUACUUUUGACCUUCCUGGCAGAUGCCACCAUUUACAUCGUCCAUGUGAUGGUAGCAAGGUCCGAACAUUGGUGGCGUGGACAAUCUGUCGUGGUUUACAUCGUCGGCUCUUUUUUCGUCUACGCGGUCUUGCUCAUGACCUUGCUCGAUACCACCCCAUCCCCGGCACUCCCUCAAUUCGUCUGUUGGUUGGUUGCCAUCCCGAUCGAAUUGGUUAUUCUUAGUACUACCAUGUCCAUCUACACCUCGGUUCACCACGAGCCAGUCGUAGGGGACCCUGAGGGUGGCCGGAUUCGCCAAAGCAUCACACCCUGGGAGUCUUUGGAAGUGGCCUCCAACGCCGUCCGGGUCCUCAUCCUGUUUGCCCUAGUCACUCUGUAUGCCAGCAAGUCGCUUACUUGCAGCAGACCGCAGAAUCAGACAAAUGGUAAUGUCUCGGAGUCUACUGGAUUACUGGACUCAUCCAGCGCGGAAGUUGGUGCGGCUAAUGGUAACGGCAACGGUCAUGCAUAUGGAUCAACAAACGGAAAUGGACACCCUCAAUCGUCGAAACCACAAGACAAGUGGGUACGUCCGACAACGAUCCCCUCGACCAGCUGGUGGGAGUACUUGAGUGGCUACUCGCUCUUUUUCCCUUACUUGUGGCCCUCCAAGUCCCGCCGUCUUCAGAUUAUCGUGGUGGCAUGUUUCCUCCUACUCAUCGCUCAACGUAUCAUCAACGUCAUGGUGCCCAUCCAGGUCGGAAUUGUCACCAAGGCUUUGGCGGGAGAUGAGGGUCAAUUCCGUGUUCCCUGGAUGGAGAUCUUUUUGUAUGUUGUGUAUAGAUGGCUGCAAGGAGGUCAGGGAUUAUUGGGUUCCCUGCGCUCUAGCCUCUGGAUCCCCGUGAGCCAGUAUUCUUAUAUGGAGCUUUCCACUGCUGCCUUUGAGCAUGUCCAUGGCCUCAGCUUGGACUUCCAUUUAGGUAAGAAGACUGGUGAGGUGCUCUCUGCACUGAGCAAAGGUAGCUCGAUCAACACAUUUUUGGAGCAGGUCACCUUCCAGGUCGUACCCAUGUUGAUUGAUUUGGGUAUCGCCGUGGGCUACUUCUUGGUUGCCUUCGAUGUAUACUACGCCCUUGUGGUGGGUAUCUCUACCUUUGGCUAUCUUUAUGUGACUAUUCGUAUGGCCCAGUGGAGGGCAGAGAUCAGAAGACAGAUGGUCAACGCCUCACGACAAGAAGAUGCCGUCAAGAAUGAUUCUAUGGUUUCAUACGAGACAGUCAAAUACUUCAAUGCGGAGCAGUACGAAUUUGACCGCUACCGUGACGCUGUCGGCACUUUCCAAAAGGCCGAGUACCACGUUCUCUUUUCUCUCACUUUGCUCAACACCUGCCAAAACACGGUCUUUAUGAUGGGUCUUUUGACAACUUGCUUUAUUGCUGCGUUCCAGGUCUCUACUGGCCAGCGUCCAGUUAGUAAAUUUGUGUCUUUGCUGACCUACAUGGCACAACUCCAAGGCCCGUUGAACUUCUUCGGUACCUUCUACCGAUCUAUUCAAUCUGCGCUCAUCAAUGCGGAGCGCAUGCUGGAAUUGUUCCGAGAGCAGCCCACUGUGGUCGAUAGUCCUCGUGCGACACCUUUGGCCAUGUGCAAGGGUGACCUUCGCUUCCAGAAUGUUGAAUUCUCGUACGAUUCUCGAAAGCCGGCAUUGAAUGGACUUACUUUCCACUGCGAGCCUGGAACUACCACUGCUUUGGUCGGAGAGUCAGGUGGAGGCAAGUCCACCGUCUUCCGACUGCUCUUCCGCUUCUACAAUGCCGAGAAAGGUUGUCUCAGAAUAGAUGGUCACGAUGUGCAAGACGUCACCAUCGACUCCUUGCGCAAGCAUAUUGGUGUUGUGCCCCAAGACACUGUCCUUUUCAACGAGACUUUGAUGUACAACCUGAAGUAUGCCAACCAAGAUGCGACUGAUGAAGAGGUGUUCGAGGCUUGCCGAGCGGCUAGCAUCCACGACAAGAUCCUGGCCUUCCCUGAUGGCUACAAUACCAAGGUUGGCGAGCGUGGUUUGCGUCUCAGUGGUGGUGAGAAGCAACGUGUGGCUAUUGCACGUACUAUCAUCAAGAACCCUCGCAUCAUUCUCCUGGACGAGGCGACAGCUGCACUUGAUACCGACACCGAGGAGCACAUCCAGGAAGCUCUUUCUACUCUUUCCCACGGCCGCACUAUGCUCGUAAUUGCCCACCGACUCAGCACCAUCACCACCGCAGACCGUAUUCUGGUCUUGCAGAAUGGUCAAGUUGCUGAGAGCGGUACUCACGAGGAGCUUCUCGCCAUGAAGGGUCGUUACGCCGGAAUGUGGCGAAAGCAGAUCCGGGCCCAGAAGGCUGCGGCCGAGGCCCAGGUUCUCCAAGACAGAGCAGAGCGUCUCCGCAACGCCGCCACCAACAGUGAUGACAGCUCCAGUCAAUCAGAUGAGGACCGUAACGGCGGUACUGGCACCCCUCGCCCUGCCAAAUGA